AUGAAUGGCUGCAAAACCCAAAAUACUCCGGAAAAUGAUGUUAACGUACAACGAUUGAGUCAUACGGAGUCCACUAAUACUACAGUUGUAAACUUAAGCGAUGAUGAUUUGUCACCAAGCGCUCGCAAUGCCCGUGCUGCUGCUGUUGCUUCUGCUGCUGUUGAUCCUUCCAAAAGCGAUUCAGAUGAUGAUGCAAGUGAAUGCUAUGCAUCCGAUUCAUUCUCUGCCCGCUUGCUGCAUGUCAUUGACAAGACAUUAAUCAAGGGGUUCACUCCAGUGUACUUUGUCUCCAUUAUGGGUACAGGUAUAUCAUCUUCUAUACUAUACAAUUUUCCAUACCCUGCACACUGGCUCAGAGUUUGCUCAUACAUAAUGUUUGGCAUCGCCAGUAUAUUCUGGUUGGUGACAACUAUCUUUUGCAUUAUAAGUGUUAUUAAACAUCCUAGAAAGUUGUACACUUUCCACUGUGACCCUAACGUGGCACCAUUCAUGGGAUGCUAUGCAAUGGGCUAUAAUACUUUGGUGAAUUACAUAUAUCUCCUUACUGGAGAAUCUUGGAUCAUUGGGACCUACUGCUUAUGGUGGAUUGCAGUGUUCUUUUCUUUGUACACUGCUUGCAUCGUCUUCUAUUUCAGUUUAAUUGGAAAAAAUAGUUUGACACCUAAGACUGAAACUCGUGAUUUGAAUGCGACAUUGCUUUUACCAAUAGUGACAUUGACAGUUGCGGCUUCGUCAGGUGGUAUUUUCACUAAGGAUUUGCCUACCAACACCUUGAAGAUGUCCACGAUGAUAAUUUGCUAUAUCUUAUGGUCAGUUGCGAUCUCUACCGCCUUUGUUAUCAUUGCAGUGUAUUUUUGGAGAUUGUUUGUUCACAAGAUUCCGUCCACUGAUAGAGUCUUUACUUCAUUUUUACCAGUCGGUGUUAUGGGACAGGGUGCAUACGGAGUUAUGCUUUUCGGGGUCAAUAUGCAUAGAUUUAUUCUGGAAAAUUAUUCUAAGUUGAGUGUUCUCAACAUAACAUAUAUGGAAUCAGAUUCGGUUAUCGACGCUGACGGCCAACUCUUAUUGUCCAUAAUUAUAGGCAAUGUGAUCUUGUACUCGUGCGCCAUGAUCUCGUUGUUCCUUAUGUCGUUUGGAUACUUCUGUACAGUGAUUGCGAUAGCAUCUUGUCUUUCUAAGAUUAGUCCCUUCGCGCAGACACCCAAUCCGCAGUUCGUUUACAAGUCGAAAAGUGAUCAUUUUGUGAAGAGGAGAUUCGACGGCGUCAUCAGAUUUUCCAGAACAUUCUGGGCUAUGACUUUCCCACUUGGUACCAUGGCAUUAUCGAACAAUGAAUUGCACACUGUAUUCAAUAACAUGAAGGCAUUUAGGGUGGUUGGAGCAAUGUAUGCAACACUGCUUGUUUGCAUCACCGUAGGCUGCAUACUCGGGUUUCUUUACGCAUUUUAUUUGGAGCUCGUGUACAUUUUUAAGCUGGAACUGAACAAAGCGGAACAAGUUUAA